GCCACGGUGCGGGGCAGUCGGAUGGUCGCACGCGGGGGCGGGGCCGCGCCUGCGCAGACCGCCUGUUAUGGCGGCCGCCUAAGUCCCACAGAGACGGGAGUCGGGUGGGACCCCAGGCUGGGCCCCGCGGCGGCUGGAUUCUCUUCCCUGGCCAAGUCUCUGAGACCUUCUCCCAGGGCGAUGCAAAGCUACUGGCUACCAGCUUGGACCUGUCUGCAGUAUCUCCUCUGGGACCUGCCAUGCUGAGGACCCAUUCUCACCUCUGAGGGACUCCUGUCCUAGGACUAAGGUGGAGCCUGGGCCAUGGUACAGCUGGCUCCUGCUGCAGCCAUGGAUGAGGUCACCUUUAGGAGCGACACUGUGCUGUCAGAUGUCCACCUCUAUACCCCGAACCAUAGACAUCUCAUGGUACGGCUGAACAGCGUGGGGCAGCCAGUUUUCCUGUCCCAAUUCAAGCUUCUAUGGAGCCAAGACUCUUGGACAGAUUCAGGGGCCAAGGGUGGCAGUCACAGAGAUGUUCACACAAAGGAGCCUCCUUCUGCCGAGACAGGCAGCACAGGGUCCCCUCCAGGAAGUGGCCACGGUAAUGAGGGUUUCUCCCUCCAGGCCGGGACUGACACCACUGGCCAGGAAGUGGCUGAAGCUCAGCUGGAUGAGGAUGGGGAUUUGGACGUGGUGAGAAGACCACGAGCCGCCUCUGAUUCCAACCCAGCAGGGCCUCUGAGGGACAAGGUACAUCCCAUGAUUCUAGCACAGGAAGAAGACGACGUCCUGGGAGAGGAAGCACAAGGCAGCCCGCACGAUAUCAUCAGAAUAGAGCACACCAUGGCCACGCCCCUGGAGGAUGUUGGCAAGCAGGUGUGGCGGGGCGCCCUGCUCCUGGCAGACUACAUCCUGUUCCGACAGGACCUCUUCCGAGGAUGUACAGCGCUGGAGCUCGGGGCCGGCACGGGGCUCGCUAGCAUCAUCGCAGCCACCAUGGCACGGACCGUUUAUUGUACAGAUGUCGGUGCAGAUCUCUUGUCCAUGUGCCAGCGAAACAUUGCCCUCAACAGCCACCUGGCUGCCACUGGAGGUGGUAUAGUUAAGGUCAAAGAACUGGACUGGCUGAAGGACGACCUCUGCACAGAUCCCGAGGCCCCCUUCAGUUGGUCACAAGAGGAAAUUUCUGACUUGUACGAUCACACCACCAUCCUGUUUGCAGCUGAAGUGUUUUACGACGACGACUUGACUGAUGCUGUGUUUAAAACGCUCUCCCGACUCGCCCACAGAUUGAAAAAUGCCUGCACAGCCAUACUGUCGGUGGAGAAGAGGCUCAACUUCACACUGAGACACUUGGACGUCACAUGUGAAGCCUACGAUCACUUCCGCUCCUGCCUGCACGCACUGGAGCAGCUCGCAGAUGGCAAGCUGCGCUUCGUGGUGGAGCCCGUGGAGGCCUCCUUCCCACAGCUCCUGGUUUAUGAGCGCCUCCAGCAGCUGAUGGAGUCUCGCUCUGUUUCCCAGGCUGAAGUGCAAUGGCGUGAUGUCGGCUCACUGCAUCCUCCGGCUCCUGGACUCAAGCGAUUCUCCUGCCUCAGGCUCCCAAGGUGGCAGCACGCAAAGGGCGUCCCUGUCCCUCAAGGGGUCAUGGCCUCCAUGUUGCUCGCCCAGCGCCUGGCCUGCAGCUUCCAGCACAGCUACCGCCUGCUGGUGCCUGGAUCCAGACACAUUAGUCAAGCCGCAGCCAAAGUCGACGUUGAAUUUGAUUAUGAUGGGCCUCUGAUGAAGACGGAAGUCCCAGGGCCUAGAUCUCGGGAGUUAAUGAAACAGCUGAAUAUAAUUCAGAAUGCAGAGGCUGUGCAUUUUUUCUGCAAUUACGAAGAGAGCCGAGGCAAUUACCUGGUUGACGUGGACGGCAACCGAAUGCUGGAUCUUUAUUCCCAGAUCUCCUCUGUCCCCAUAGGUUACAGCCACCCCGCCCUGCUGAAACUCAUCCAACAGCCUCAAAAUGCGAGCAUGUUUGUCAACAGACCCGCCCUCGGAAUCCUGCCUCCGGAGAACUUUGUGGAGAAGCUCCGGGAGUCCUUGCUCUCGGUGGCUCCCAAAGGGAUGUCCCAGCUCAUCACCAUGGCCUGCGGCUCCUGCUCCAAUGAAAACGCCUUCAAGACCGUCUUCAUGUGGUACCGGAGCAAGGAAAGAGGGCAGAGGGGCUUCUCCCAGGAGGAGCUGGAGACGUGCAUGAUUAACCAGGCCCCUGGCUGCCCCGACUACAGCAUCCUCUCCUUCAUGGGUGCGUUCCAUGGGAGGACCAUGGGUUGCUUAGCGACCACGCACUCUAAAGCCAUUCACAAGAUCGACAUCCCUUCCUUUGACUGGCCCAUCGCACCGUUCCCACGGCUGAAAUACCCUCUGGAAGAGUUUGUGAAAGAGAACCAACAGGAGGAGGCCCGCUGUCUAGAAGAGGUGGAGGAUCUGAUUGUGAAAUAUCGGAAAAAGAAGAAGACGGUGGCCGGGAUCAUCGUGGAGCCCAUCCAGUCCGAGGGUGGAGACAACCACGCAUCCGAUGACUUCUUUCGGAAGCUGAGAGACAUCGCCAGGAAGCAUGGCUGCGCCUUCUUGGUGGACGAGGUCCAGACCGGAGGAGGCUGCACGGGCAAGUUCUGGGCCCAUGAGCACUGGGGCCUGGAUGACCCAGCAGACGUGAUGUCCUUCAGCAAGAAGAUGAUGAUUGGGGGCUUCUUCCACAAGGAGGAGUUCAGGCCUAAUGCUCCCUACCGGAUCUUCAACACCUGGCUGGGGGACCCGUCCAAGAACCUGUUGCUGGCUGAGGUCAUCAACAUCAUCAAGCGGGAGGACCUGCUAAAUAAUGCAGCCCAUGCCGGGAAGGCCCUGCUCACAGGACUGCUGGACCUCCAGGCCCGGUACCCCCAGUUCAUCAGCAGGGUGAGAGGACGAGGCACCUUUUGCUCCUUCGAUACUCCCGAUGAUUCCAUACGGAAUAAGCUCAUUUUAAUUGCCAGAAACAAAGGUGUGGUGUUGGGUGGCUGUGGUGACAAAUCCAUUCGUUUCCGUCCCACGCUGGUCUUCAGGGAUCACCACGCUCACCUGUUCCUCAAUAUUUUCAGUGACAUCUUAGCAGACUUCAAGUAAAGAAGCCAUUUCCACUACAGUGAGAAAGCCCUGAUCCCAACAGUUGUCAAAUUGAUUAGUUUGCCUAAUUCAUGUUUUCACUUAAAAGUAUCAGAGGUGAAUGCACAGUGAAGGGUGAUUUGUGGGGAGGGAACAUUUUUGGUGGUCUUGGGGGAGGGGAGGGGAGGGGAGGGGAGGGAAGGGCUGGUGUUGAUUUUCCUCCCUGCAGAGCCAAUGGUGCACAUUGGUUUAAGCCCAGAGAUACUGCUUGAGCCCUGGACUCAUCUUGGGAAGGGCCAUGGGAGGUCCUGGCUAGAGUUCUGCCCAACCUUGACCAACCCCAGCAAUUUUUCCAAAAGCCAGUCAAGGGCAUUAUAUUUGUUCCUGGGACUGGCAGCUGGGCCUCCUGGGUGCCAGUCCAUCUCAAGUGCCAUAUUCUGUGAUCACGGAUGUUGGCUCCCCCUCGCCCUAUGCAAGCAAACACACUCUCACCUCCUCUCCCAGCCCCCCGGAGCUCUGAGCACGCCCCACGCAUGGUGCAGGAGGGACUGGACAGAUCUGAGGAAGGCCGUAAAAUGGGGACAGGAGGAUUCAGCUCAGGCAUAAGGGAAGAGGUCCUCUGGCCCCCUGAAGAUGAGAAUCACUCCUCUCAGUGCACCUGGGGAUCCCCCUAAACUGUGAAUUCUGCCCUGGACAGGGCUUUGCCCUUGGAGGAUCCCCAGGUGGCAUCACCCGUGAUUCUUACUCGGCAUCCUCCAUUCCCCAAACUCCCUCCUCCCUGUUAAAUGUCAACCUAGACCUGGACCUGGGUGGGAGGAAACUGUAGCCUGAGUGUCCACAGGGACACACGUGAGCCACAGGGCUAGAAGCACAGGCCCGUCACCCCAGGAGGAAAAGCCCAGGGUCUGGGGCAGCAGAGCCAUCGCAUCAUGUUUCCCAGGGCAACUUGAGGUCUGACUUUUGGCUCCCUCGCCCUAAGAGGCUCUUCCUCUCUUUUGCUCAUCCACCUUCACGCCACUUCUGAGCUGACCCCUAGGAACAGCUUGGCUGUUCCACCAGAGCAGAGGGAAUCAUUGCUGGACUGGAUUUCUUCUGGAGGGAAGCACCAUGAAUUAAAGGUGCCAGAGCUCCAUGCAUGGAAAAGUGGCCCAUUGGUUCAACGUGGUUUCCUUGUACUUGAUCCUCCUGAAAUGAGAGAUUUUCCUGAGAUGACUGAGUAUGGAGAUUACCAGGCAGAUGAUACCGAAAUGCUUAACGGGGCUGUGGCUGAGGCUGUAGCAUUUCUGCUGGAGGUGAGACACUCUGGGAACUGAUUUGACCUCGAAUGCUCCUAAAAGAGAACUUGAUAGCCUGACAGCAGAGAAGUAUUAUUUGGUGGGGAGUCUGAGAAAGCCUGGUUUGUAUUAUCUGUCCAAAAGGAAGCCUCUUCAUCUCCCGGUGCCUUGGUUGACUAUUUUGGAAAUAGGCAUAUCAAGGUUCCUGAUUCAGCACUUUGCUCUUUUAAUAACAAAUCGUCCAAAGAUCUCAAAGUAAGGGUUUUUUUUUUUUAGCUUCCACUCUUCCGCAGACUUGGUCAUCGACCUAUUUUUGUUGAGGAAUGAAAGGCAAUGACAAGUUUAACAUAUACAGAUUCGUGAAUUCUUGUUCAUUUUGCAUUCCUGCAGUCAGUGCUAAUCCGUCGUUCUUAAUCAGGAGUUCUGCCAGGUUUAAGGUCACCUGCACUCCCAGCCAAGUGGUGAUGUAUGCCUCCCACUCUCUGCAAGGUUUUCCUCAUUUUUAUAUUCAUUUAUUCAUCAUUCAUUCAUUCACCUAACUUUCAUUAAAUAGCUGCACCAUCCCAGGCCCUGUGCGGAGCAUCGGGAAUACAAAGAUGAGAUAAAACAUUGUCCCUGCCCCCGGGGGCUCACAUGCCACUGGAAACAACAGACUCUAACAAUUCAAGCAGGCGCCAAGUGCUACGACAGAGGUGUGAAUAAAAGCAUCAGGAAAUCGGAUGGAGAACCACCAUUCACCCAAGGGUCAGAGGAGGUUUCAAAGAAAAGGUGUCAUUGGAGCAGUGUUUUGCAGAAUGAGCCAGAGUUCACCAAGCAGGCAAGGCAAGGAAGGGUGUUGCAGAGAGGGAACAGCAUAUGCAAAGGCAUAUCAGUUCAUGGCAUCACAUCUUUCACUGGGGAAGCCAGUUUCCACAGGCAGAAUCCCAAGGUUCAAUAAGGCCUUAUUUAGCAAGCAAGCAAAAUGCAAACCAAACCAUUAUUCAUUUAUUGGCUUAAGUAUGCUUUCUCCUGAAAACUUUAGCAUUGGGUGCAAAUAUUCAGUAUGGUUCUCGGAGUCCAAAGGGUUUUAAGCCAGGGCACAACCAGAAAAUUGGCUCUCUUUGGUAGGGAGAGGGGCUCCAAUAUUUCGUUCUCUCCCCAUGGGGCACUGACAGAGAAAUGAAAUAGUUUUAUCUGGAAAAUUCCAGAGUUAUUAUUUACUCCUUACCAAGGGAAGUUACUUCUUGUAAAAACUUUUAAGCCAUUUAUCAACAAGUUCUUGUUGACUCAGGGCAUAAUGAGUUCCUGAGACAUCCUCUUUUGGGGGCUGGGGCUUUAGCUAGAAGAAUUUCAAGGAAAAGAAUUCUCAGCAGAGCUCAAGAUUGUAGAAACUCAGCAGAAGCUGGUAAAAACAUGGGGAGCCCGGAGGACAGGCUGCUGUCCAGGGCAGAGGCCAUGAAGAAGUGCUUCCGUGGCCGACAGUCUGGAAAUGAAUCCAUCAUACAUUAGUGCCAUAGAGUUUAGUAACCGUCCAGCAAGUGUCGUCACCUUUACAGAAAACAAGGUCCAGUAAUAGCAAGUCUUACUACAUCCUCACUUUUAUUAUAAAUGGGUGUUUUUUUAUAAUUUUUACUGACGCUCAGUAACCAUGCAAAAUUGUGUAUAGCAUUAAUGUAUCUACAUACCUACACCUAUCUAUCUAUAUAUAAGCUCAUGGUAGAAAACCAUAGCUAAGUAGCAUCGCAGACUUACGCGUACAAAGUGAUCUUGUUUACAAGUAAUCUGUUGACAGUGCCAAUAAAUGAUAAAAAAAAAUUAACAUGUCACAAUGUAACGGAUGACCAUAUGCACAAUUCCAUGAAUUAAAUCUGUUUCCUGUGUCAGUAUUCUUAAAUAAAAUUUAUAAUUGAAACAUGA